AAUAGGUCAGUUAGAUCAUCCACUUUCCAAGGAAAGAAAACAAUGAAGAACUAAAACUUAGAACAGACAUUCCAAAUUGUUUAUGCAUUGCACAAAUCAAUGUAUUAUCUCAAAGUUCUGUUUCUGUAAGUUCUUUUUCUACUUUCUUCUUCUGUCAGAUUCAAUGGCUGUUAAGAUAUGGGUUCUAGCAUAAAAACUUUGCAUGUUUCAAAAUUUUAUUUGGAUGGUUAUAGGAGUAACAAGGGAGUUUCUUUGUUGGAUAUUGAAAUAUUGAUGGAGCAUAUUUUCAAUCUGAUAGAUAUGCGUAGUACCAACAGUAGGAUCAAAGUCUCCAUAACUGAGUCAACAAUGAUGCAGAUUGUGCACAGUGCAAUGGACAAAGCAUAUAGAAAAGUAAGGUCCAAAAAUGGGGUUCUUGAGCGCUUGAAUGAGAUAUCAAAAUUCUAUGAAUUGUCUGUGAUGCAAUUAGAGGGGUGUUUGAAGUUUGUUCAAGAAGAAACAGAUAACUGUGUUCUUGAAAGUUGCCACCAGGUGCUGCUUGAGGACUUGACAGAAAUUAGGGACCGCCUUCAAGGACGCCUGAAGGAAGUAGAGCUGGCUAUAUCAGAGAAGGAUAAAGAGUUAUUGGAGAUAUUAGCAAAUGAAUUGAAGCUUAGGAAGGCACUGGAGAUGAAUGAAAAAGAAUUGGAUUCUCUUCAUGCUGACCUUAAACUGGAAAAAAGGAAGAGUGAGGGCAUUGAGGAGUUCAUUCUUAGCGGCCAAGCAAAUACUGAUGGAGAUAGAGAAGGCAAAUUCUGUGAGUUAAAGAGUUCGGUUGAUCAGCAGGUAUGGAACAUACAACAACAGCUUGAGCCUAACUAUCAACUCAGAGAUGAAGAAAGAAGUCAAGGAAUUGACAACAGGAAGAUUGAGCAGAUGGGAUCAGAUAUUAGCAUUUUGAAAGAAACUCUGGAUGUUGCCUUUUGUAAGAUGCAGAAUGCAAUUUUCUUAUCUGAGCUUGGGCCAAUAGAGCAUCAAUGGACUUGGGACAUAGAGAGAGGUACAGCUGCUAUUGUGAUUAAAGGCUCAUUGAAAGAUUUUCGGGAGAAUUUUGAAGAGGAAGUGAAGAAGAGAGAGAUGCAGGUUUCAGUUGGGCUGAGAAAGCAUUUAUCUGAUGUGAUGAGAGAGAUGACUUGUCUCAGCCAUGAGCUUGAGCUUUUUAGUAAUCAGGAUGAGGUUCAAGUGAAAAGUUCAAAAGCUAAGGAUUCUCUAAAAGCAAAAGGAAGAUGUUUAUCAGAAGGGCACAGUUUUGGCAAUUCCAGCAAUUUCUUAUUGAAGGUUGAAGAAGCAAAUACAAUGGGGCAGCCCUGCAAAGAGGAUUCAGAAAAUGAUGGUGGUCAUUAUGUUGCAAAGAUGAUAAAGAAUCAUGAGUCCAUAAUCCGGAGAAAAAAUGAAGAGCUGAAUUCGCUGAAGCGAGAAAUUCUUCGUGAAAGAGGGUUUGCAUCCCUUGGGAGAGAAAAAGGUUCUGUUAAUCCAAAAAGAAGGAUUCAAGAAGUUAUUAUGAGUUUGGAGAGUUUAAUCAACUGGAAUCCUUGGCUUCGUGAUAUUUUUAGUGACUGUACUUGUGAUAAUGAGGUGGAAACUCUUCCUGAGGUGAGGUUAUCUGCAGGUGAUCAGCUGGGUAUAGAGAAAUCAGGCAUUGAAAGUAUGGAAGAAGUAUGGGCAAAUGUGAAGAAAACCUCAGUUUCUCAACCAGGAAAUGCAGAACCAUGCAGUGAAGUGAGAAUGAUGAAACAAGAAUUGAAAGAUGCAAAUCUGCAAACCAUGAUGAUGGAAGAGAUUUAUUUAACUAUUUUCAAAAGUUUAGUAGAAGAAUUUCAUAUUGAGAUGCUCAAUCAUCAGUUACAAUGCCUUGUAAAAGAAGGAAUGUAUGAAAGAUUUAUUGAGGAAAUGAAAAAUGAGAGGAAUGAGAAAACUGGAAGUGACAGAAUUGAAGUACAAAGCAGAGAAGAGAAAUACGAUUCCUUGUUCAGGAAGGCAGUGACGGAUCUUGAUUCUUCUCAUAACUCCAGAGCAGCAUGUUACCAGAAUGCUAAGGCUGAAAGUAAUUGUUUAGAAGACCAAAACUUUAGUGGCUUCGGUAAUUUGGAGGAUAUGCUAAAGGAGGAUGUUUACACAUUCCUCUUACAGGAAAUACUCAGGGAAUGGAAUGAGAAUAAAGAAAGUUACAAGUCUAAAUGUGCUUUAGGGGAGGAACUAUGUUUCAUUGUCUUUGGUGAGACCGUCAGAGAUAUUAUGAACACUGCCAAUUAUGCAUUAAGCAAACUGAAAGAGAUCAAAGCUCAUGACAGUUUCAAUUAUGACUUCCAAUUCAGCAACAAAUUUUUUGAAAGUGCAGCAAUGUCGAUCAAGGAUGAUGUUUGGAAGGUUUUCCUUGCUGAGAUGAUUAAGGAAUGGAAGAUGAAAAUUGAUGCGUUCAGUACUGAGAGUCUCAUUAGGGAAGAGGUGCUCCAAUUUCUUGUUGCUAAGGCAGUGAAAGAAGCUUGCAUUAUGGAGGCAGCUGAUGACCAGAAUCAAGAAAGAGAUCCAAACAACUUGCUCCCUGUCAACAAGUUAUGGACAAGUCUAGACGAAAAUGGGAAAGAGAAUUUGAUGCAAACAUUGGAUAGACUAGUGAAGUUUUUGGAAGAGGAGGAAGCUCUGAUACUAAGUGCAUGUUCUGAAAUGAAGGAGCAGAAGAGGCACCUUGACCUUGUUCGGUCUGUAUUUGAUGAGUUGGAUGGACAUGAGCAUUUUCAGGGAUUAUUUACUAAUGAGCAAAACAGUACCAAAUCAGCAAAUAGCAAACUUGAGAAAGCUUUGCAGCACUUAGAUUUUGGUAAGGCAAUAUUGAGUGAGUUGGGAUCCCGAAUAGGCAUAACAGUUGGCAAUUUAGAAUGGCUUCAUAGUGAAAUGACUGCGCUUGUUGACACCACACGUUGCAAGAAUCCCUCCAUUUACCAAGCAAAAGAUGUUGAGGAGGCGAAAAUAAAUAUAUAUGAAUCUCUUUUAAACCCCAUCCAGGAGUUAUCACAAAUAUUGAAGGGCUUUGAGUGUUCAUCAUGUACAAGAUUAGGAAGGCAUAUUUUUAGGUUGGAAGAACUGAAGCAUCAACUCGAUUUGCUUGUUGAACGCACUGCCUCACUCAGCCAAAAGGAAUCGCUUUACAGGAAGGCUUUUAUUAGGAGAUGUGAAAAUCUCCAAAUGGCUGAAACAGAGGUAGACCUUCUUGGUGAUCAAGUGGAUCUACUUCUAGGACUACUUGAGAAGAUCUAUGUAACAAUGCAUCGACAUUCACCAGUAUUGCAGCAGUUUUUUGAGGUCUCAGAAAUGUUGAAGCUAAUAGAGAAAGAAAUAGGAGGAAGAAGAUAACAGUGCCGUUUCAUGCCCUCUUUUCUCUUUAUUUUGUCUUCUUAA